UGUUUUGAACAAACAAAAUGUGUCUGCUUUUAUUUACUUUCUGGCAUUUGUUUCAAUUUUGAAACUUGAGUAUCCUUCAGACUUCAACUCUUGUUGUUUUAGUUUUAUGAAAUUAAGUAUCAAGAACUGAGAGGAUGAUGAAAAGAUCACCAUUCCGUUACAAGAUGAGGCAGAGUCUCUCUGAUAUCACUAACUCUCAGUCUCACGAAGAGCUUAAUACUUGUCCGGAAUUGCGUGAACAUGUAAACCGGCUAAUGAAGGAGAAUAUAGCAUUGGUUAACCUUCUUGAGGAAAGAGAUAAAACAAUUGAGCUAAGUAGAUACGAAUUGCGGAAUCUACGUGAAGGCAUACAGAAAUUGCAAGUUCAGAAUUGGAGCCUUGCUCAAUCAAAUUCCCAAUUCUUAGGCGAGAUCAUUUUAGCCAAAACCAAGGUGAAAGCAUUGCACCACGAGGUUACUUGCAAAGAUGCUCUCAUAAAGUAUAAAUGUUGUGAACUAGAGAGAGGCGAAAACACACAACAGAGAAAUGUACUAACAAGUGAGAAUGUGUUUGAUAUAACGGAUGAAGACUCACCGUCACCGAGACCUUUUGUACCAAACAGAAGGCGAUUUAUCAGAAGCAAAUCCUUAGGAGCAUCUACUGCACACAAGAUUGAGGCGGAAAAAGUGAAAUCUGAAACCAAAAGGAGGCAGUCACGAAGGAGAUCAGCGAGAGUGAGAUCAUCAGCAACUCAAGAAUUGACUGAGAAUCUGUUUGAGAUCGAAGAUCUUCAGCUUACAAUGCCUAAUGACAUGGAAUCACAUGCUGGAAAGAAGGAAGAGGUAGAGUUACGAACAAGACAUCAAGAUUUUAAAGUCAAUGCGAAAUGUUGUAUUUGAAAGAAGCAAUGCAUGACCUUUUCUAUAAGAAAGCUCGAUAUAUCUAAUAAACAUUUUUCGAAUGUGAGGCGAGAAUGGGUUGACGAACACAAAUACAAAGCGAGUUUAUUUUUUCCAUGAUUGGAAUAAAAGUUCAGAGAACAUGAGAUAUU